GCACUCUGGUCACACCGGCUGGGCAACGCCGAAAAAUAAAUAAAUAUAUAAUCUGCAAUUGCGUGUUUUACCGGCCUGGCAUAAACCAAGCACCAUCGAAUUGCGGGACCAACUAAUCAUACCGUGACAAGGCAACCGGAAUCAACCGAGAAUGGCCAAUCGCACGGUGAAGGAGGCUAAAAACGUGCACGGCACCAACCCGCAGUACCUCAUCGAGAAGAUUAUUCGCUCCCGGAUAUAUGACUCAAAGUACUGGAAGGAGCAGUGCUUCGCCCUCACCGCCGAGCUGCUCGUGGACAAGGCCAUGGAGUUGCGUUUCGUCGGCGGCGUCUACGGCGGCAACAUCAAGCCCACUCAGUUUCUCUGUCUCACGCUCAAGAUGCUGCAGAUUCAGCCGGAGAAGGACAUCGUGGUGGAAUUCAUCAAGAACGAGGAGUUCAAGUAUGUGCGGGCCCUGGGCGCCUUCUAUCUUCGGCUCACGGGAGCGGCCCUGGACUGCUACAAGUACCUGGAACCGCUGUACAUCGACAACCGCAAGUUGCGCCGCCAAAAUCGCGCCGGCCAAUUCGAGAUCGUCUACAUGGACGAGUACAUAGACGAACUGCUGCGCAACGACCGUGUCUGCGACAUCAUACUGCCCCGCAUCCAGAAGCGUUCCAUUCUGGAGGAGAACAACGAGAUCGAGCCCAAGGUGUCCGUGCUGGACGAGGAUCUGGACGAUGAGCUACCCAGCGACGAGGAAAAGGCGGACGAGGCCAACCGCACCAAGGAUAACUCAACAUCGGUGCGACGGCCGCGAAGAGCUCGCUCCAAGUCCAGGUCACGCAGUCGGGAGCGCGACCGGAGAUCUGGCCAGGGCAACAACGCCCGCUCCCGCGACUACUAUGACGAACUGGAGGACUACGAUCGCCAGCGAAACCGGGUGCGCAAUCGGGACACCCAGAACGAGGACUACGACCGCCGGCAGACCGGCAGUGGUCGCCAGGAUCGGGACAGAGAGCGCCAGGAUCGGGACAAGAUAAGGGAGCGUGACAGGAACGGCGACAGGGAUCGCCGGGAAAGGGAGCGGGAACGCGACCGCGGUCGUCAUGAUCAGCGGGAACGAGACUCGCGAGGAGAACGUGACCGACGCCGCUAUUAAAACUAAGUUUAAAUUGAAAUAAUUGACCAGUAAAAAAUGGGACAAAAAUAAACGGUAUUUUUCUAGAGCAAGUUGGCAGCACCAAAAAUUUAAAAUCGAUAGUCGAAAUCAAAACAAUAACAAAGAAGAAGCAGAUGCAAUCAGCUGUUGCUUUAGAAAGUUUAUAAAAAAAGACGACACUCAUAAAAAAGGGAAAAAUACAGGCAACUGCGUUGGUGAAACUAAUAUACAUUACUAGUGAAUUUAACAACGAUAAAUCCACGUUAAUCAGUGACAGAGCAGCGAAGCUUUAGUGCCUGAAAAACCUCAGUGGCGUUUGGAAGUCGUAAUAAGAAAAACUGCGCUGCAUUCCGAUUCUGG